ACCUAGCUUCUUCUCAUCUCAUUCCAUUUCAUCAAUCAUCUAUUCUCUUUCACAUCCCAAAAGAAUUUAACAGAUUUCAGAAUUGAUCUGUAGAGUUUUGGAUUUGGAUUUGAAGGUGAAUUUAUUAAGGUAGCAUCAAAGAAAAAAAAUAUUACCAAGAAAAAUGGGGAGCUAUAUUGAAACAGAGUUGAUUAUUAAUCACAAGGACACAGAAUUAAGGUUGGGAUUGCCUGGAAGUGAUGAUGAACAAUCAUGCAAUGGUGGUUCUAUUGUUAGAAGCAACAAGAGAUCUUUUUCACCUGAAACAAGUGUUGAAGAAGAGUCCAUUUCUAAGAGCUCUGGUGAUUCUAAUUCCACAACCACAAGUGAUCGUGAUCAUGACCAAGACUCUGUCCAACCUACAAAGGUACAAGUUGUUGGGUGGCCACCAAUUAGAUCUUUUAGGAAGAAUAGUUUACAACAAAAUAAAGUGGAAGAUGGAAAUGGAAUGUAUGUGAAAGUGAGCAUGGCUGGUGCACCUUACUUGAGGAAAAUAGAUCUCAAAGUUUACAAGAGUUACUCAGAACUUCUUAAGGUUUUGGAAAAUAUGUUCAAGUGUACAUUUGGUGAAUAUUCAGAAAGAGAAGGGUACAAUGGAUCUGAAUAUGCUCCUACUUAUGAAGACAAGGAUGGUGAUUGGAUGCUAGUUGGAGAUGUCCCAUGGAACAUGUUUAUAUCCUCAUGCAAGAGGCUCAAGAUAGUGAAAGGAUCAGAAGCAAAAGGGUUGGCAUGUUUAUGACCUCACAAAAUCAGGAAUGCAUGUCCUAAAGGAUGCAUGAAGUUGAAGAUACACAGCAGAGAGUUCUAUAGAGGUGGCUUUGAGGCCUCAUUUCUUAAUUCAAGCCUUUCUAGAAACUUCUAAAUUUGAUAAUGCCAAUGCUAUUUUGAUUGUACAUAAGAUAUAUAUAAUUAAGAUCUCAUUUUGUAACUAGAUCUAUUUAUGUUCAAUUAAAAUAUAUACACAACAUGGGAAUUUUUUUUUUUUUUUUUUUAGGGAAACAUGGGAAAAAUGUUGUUUCUUCAUAUACACUUUUUUUUUCUAUUUAUAAUUUUGGUGUUAAUUGCACAAAGUUAGUUCAAGUUUUUGUAAAUUUGACAUGACACAUGUUUAG